AUGGCCGGAAAUGUUGUUGGGUGGACGAUGUGUUCUACUGCCUUGGAGAUGCUUUGCCUUUCUUUUCUGUCCUGGACUUUAUUAGUCGCAUUUAAUUGUGGAGUUGACGCAGCUCCAGAGAUGGGUUACUGGUCUAUUAAAGUUGUCAAUACAUCAAGACCUUUGUUAUUAAGAAAAUCCAUGUAUAAAGACACAGACAUCCAACUGAAAGUGACUUCCUUUAGCUGUCCACAAGAGGUCUCAUUUACCAUUAGUUGGUAUUUAAGGUACUACCCAUGCCACAAUGAGUUCAAUAACAUUGAGGAAAUGUAUGAUAGGACACCCCUGAUUCGAGGAAAGAGUCUAGACCCCAACCCUCUUGGACAUGGAGAGUACAUUGAACACCAGUACAGGGCAUUAUUCUGCAACAGUUGGAUCCAGUACUUUCCAACACUCAAUAAAUCAAUAGCUUGGCCCAGGACUGUGGAGCCACAGGGUGGAAUUAAUGAUGCCAAUUAUACCAGGUGGCUCACUGCCGAAGCUGACAGAGCUGGAGUAACGGAUAAUGUCAUUGCUACGACAUGGAGAGAUGGACCAUAUCUUCUUGUGGUGUUGAUCCAACCCAGUAAAAAAGAUGUUAACUGGACUUUAACCUUUAGUGUGUUAAUGAAGGGAGCCCAUGGCUUCAUUUCAGUCACAGAAUGGCCUCUUAUGAUUUUCUACAUGGUGAUGUGCAUCGUGUACAUCCUGUAUGCACUGCUCUGGUUCAUCUGGGCUUCCUGCUACUGGAAAGACCUGUUGCGCAUCCAGUUCUGGAUAGCUGGGGUGAUAUUUCUAGGCAUGGUGGAGAUGGCUGUCUUCUGUGCUGAAUAUGAGAACACCAAUGCUGUGGGCUCAGCCUCUCAAGGCUUGCUGGUUUUUGCUGAACUCAUCUCUGCUCUGAAGAGGACUCUUGCUCGACUCUUGGUCAUCAUUGUUAGUCUGGGCUAUGGUAUAGUCAAGCCUCGGCUGGGGACUGUCAUGCACAGAGUUGUUGGACUGGGUGUACUUUACUUUGCCUUUGCUGCCAUUGAAGGCGUGCUGAGGAUUACUGGGGGUCGGGACAAUGGGCCAGCUCUGAUCACUGCCAUUGCACUGGCUGUUCUUGACUCCGGCGCCAUUUGGUUCAUAUUUGUCAGCUUAGCACAAACCAUAAAGACACUGAAACUUAGGAGAAACCCAGUAAAGUUGUCAUUAUACAGACAUUUCACCAAUACCCUUAUCUUUGCUGUUAUUGCCUCUAUAAUUUUCAUGGUUUGGACAACAAAAAAAUUCCGUUUAGCAGACUGUCAGUCUGAUUGGAUGGAACUCUGGGUAGAUGAUGCCUUCUGGAGGUUCCUUUUCUCAAUAAUACUGCUUGUCAUCAUGUUUCUCUGGAGACCAUCUGCAAAUAAUCAAAGGUAUGCAUUUACACCUUUGAUUGAUGACUCAGAUGAUGAAGAAAUUGAAGAGUUCUUGGUGUCUGCAAAUCUGGCUGAUGGAAUCAAACUGAGAGCAGCUAAGGCUGAGGUUAAUGGGACACUGAACCCUGCUCCUGGUCCGGAUGAAGACUUAAAGUGGGUGGAGGAGAAUAUCCCUGCCUCUUUAACUGAUGUUGCCCUGCCCGUUCUUCUCGACUCUGAUGAGGAAAUCAUGACUACAAAAUAUGAGAUGUCUAAAAUCGAGUAAAAGCACAAGAAGCACAAUGUCCUUCCUUCUGAAAUUAAAGAUGCUGCUCCUACUGCUGGCACUGGAUCUUUACCAGUAGGAAAAGGAAAAGAAGAAAUGUUCAAGAAGACAUAAUGGUGUGGAUAUUCUUGGUGCAUCCAAGCCCAUCAUGAACCCUAUAAAGAAGUGAAAUCACUGAAGUCAGAGGAGCAUCCUGACCAAUCUAGCAGUGGUUCAGUCUGUAUUCUUGUCUUUUGUAUUGAAUAUGUGGUGGAUUCCACCCCACUAUCUGAAAAUUAAAUAAAUAUUUUUGGUGUCUGCCCCACCAUAGACACAUUUCACAGACAUGUUGCAUCACUCAUCAACCCAGGUAGAAAACAAAAAUGCUGGAUUCAAGUUAUUUUUCCAUGUACCAAGCCUAUUAAAUAGUGGGAGCAAGUUAUCAAAUGCAACAUUUUGCACUCUUGGUUGAGGUUUAGCAUUUUCAAAUAAUGUGUUAUUUGGGGACAUUUCUAAAAUAGUGAUUGAAUAAGUAUUCCGUAGGGACAUUAAGAUGGAUGACCAAAGACUUUUCUUUUGCUUGUAGUUUGGGUAGUUUUCAGUUUACCCUUCAAGCAUUGUCUUUGCUGUAUUUAAAUAUUUAUGACUGUGAGGAAUUUCUCUUACAAAUGAAAAUAGUGUGGGAAACUUUUUGUGUGUGAUCUGGGUUCGGUGUAUGUCAGUGUGAUAAGGACAUUGGUUUGAGAGCACUAUUGACUUAGGGAGCAAAACUUUCUGGGGAAUGGGUAGGGAUCUGAAAUGCACAAUGUAUUCUUUAAAAAAAAUGGGUAAUGAUCUGAAUGCGAUGCAGAGGUACUUUGCAGACACUAAACGUUAUCCCUGCUCUAAACUAACUGAAUUUUUGUAGCAGGAAAUUAGAUCUUUUGUAAGAAUUUAAUGAGCAAUAUACUAUAU